AUGAGCAGCAUCAGGGACAAGGCACCUUUAUCCCACACCAAACACUACGGGACCGAAUCACUGAAUACAGGAAAGCGGAUCAGAAGCAGAGGAAGACAUGGGGAGAAGGGCUCUACCAUGGGGGCUGGAUCGCGAAGAGAGACAUCCACAUCUUUAAGUCCCACUAAGCAACAUAAAGAUAAAACCCCCGAAACACACAAAGUGCCCGAUGAGCCGUACAAAGUGUGGCCCCGUAACAGGUGGGGAGCGGGGUCUGGGGCCAGCUCGGUGCCAGCCCGGGAUCGCCCCCUUCCCCCGGCCGGGCUGUCCCGGCACCGACACGGCCUUGGCGAGGGGAGCUCCCACACGGCGCUGCUGCGGCCCCGGCGCCGCUCCCGCCCCGCGGGGGCAGCGGCACGGCCGCCCCCGCCUCCCUACACCGGCCCAGCCUCCCCCCGGCCCCGCCGCACCCACCGGGCUGCCCGGGGCCGCCGAUCCUCCCCCGCCGCACCCACCGGGCUGCCCGGGGCCGCCGAUCCGCCCUCGCAGCGCGGAGCGGCCGCUCACCGGCCGCGGCCCCGGCCCCGUCCCGUCCGCCCGCAGGAAGCGGAACUGGCGCCCGGCGGAAGCGGGAGGCCCCGGAUGUGCGCGGGGCCGGGCGGGCAGCGCAGCGGGGCUGCUCCGUCAGGGAGCUCCCUGGGAGCGGGGUCGCGCAGGGAGCUGCGCCCGUGGGAGCUCAGCGCCGGGGGAGGCCGCAGAGGCGGCUUGCAGGGGCAGCUGUGCCGCCAGUGUGCCUUUUCUGUCGUUAACCUUUAA